ACAAGUCAGUGUCACCCUCUUCGCGCACUACGUACCUAUCCGCAACGGUUCGGCGACCUGGGCACGAAAUAAGCAGGGCAAGCCCGCUUAUCGCAUGCUGCUAAAUUUCGACCGAAUCACAUUCUCUUGUGUUUACACCAGCGAGCAAGUACGAAUCUGGCCCCGGAGGAGCCUACCAGUACGUUGCUGACCAUCGGACAGGGAUAUUUUUACUUGUGGGAGUCAUUCGAAUAGACAAUGGUGACCAUCGGUUCGCCUGUCAAGUUGACCAACAAGUUUUCAUCCAUGUUGCACUCGGCCGUUCAUCACCAUCACAAGGAUAAAGGCAAUGGCGGGGAGAUUCAGUGGUGUUUCUCACAAGUUAAAGGGACGAUUGAAGAUGAAGUGACUGAAGUUCCUGUUUUUGCAGCCGACAUAAUUUCCUGUGUCGAGUUCAACAGCGAUGGGGAUUUGCUAGCCACUGGUGAUAAAGGCGGACGUGUUGUCAUAUUCCAGCGCGACAGGGUGAAUGAUACAUUGCUUCAGAGCAAGGUAGCAGGUGGCCCAAAUCGUGGGGAAUAUAAUGUGUACAGCACAUUCCAGUCUCAUGAGCCGGAGUUUGAUUACCUCAAAAGUUUAGAAAUUGAAGAGAAAAUCAACAAAAUCCGUUGGCUAAAGCGAACAAACAGGAAUCAUUUCCUUCUGUCUACCAAUGAUAAGACAAUCAAGCUGUGGAAGGUUGCUGAACGUGACAAGCGACCAGAGGGCUACAACCUAAAAGAUGAAAACGGGGUCCUUCGUGACCCUAACUCCAUCACCUCACUCAGAGUGCCAGUGUUUGCUCCCAUGGAGCUGAUGGUGGAAGCUAGUCCCAAGCGAGUUUUUGCUAAUGCUCACACAUAUCACAUUAACUCCAUAUCGGUCAACAGUGACCAGGCCACCUAUCUCUCUGCUGACGACCUGCGCAUCAAUUUGUGGAACUUGGAAAUUACAGACCAAAGUUUCAAUAUUGUUGACAUCAAGCCCGCUAACAUGGAAGAGUUGACGGAGGUGAUUACAGCGUCGGAGUUCCACCCUCGGGAAUGUAACAUGUUUGUCUAUAGUAGCAGCAAAGGAACAAUUAGGUUAUGUGACAUGAGGGACAAUGCCUUGUGUGAUAAACAUGCCAAACUUUUUGAGGAGCCGGAAGACCCGACAAACAGGAGUUUCUUUUCGGAAAUUAUAUCAAGUAUAUCUGAUGUGAAGUUUAGUCACAAUGGAAGAUACUUGAUUACUAGAGACUAUUUGUCAGUUAAAGUGUGGGACUUGAACAUGGAAAACAAGCCUGUUGAAACUUACCAGGUCCAUGAAUACUUGAGGAGCAAGUUGUGUUCGCUCUAUGAAAAUGACUGUAUAUUUGACAAGUUUGAGUGUUCCUGGAGUGGAGAUGAUAGGCACAUUAUGACAGGUUCAUACAACAAUUUCUUCCGCAUGUUCGAUCGUGACCAGAAGAGGGACUGUACCCUUGAAGCUUGCCGGGAGAACAUGAAGCCAAAAACAGUCCUGAAACCCCGCAAGGUUUGCACUGGAGGCAAACGCAAGAAGGAUGAGAUUAGUGUAGACUGUCUGGACUUCAACAAAAAGAUUUUGCACACUGCAUGGCAUCCUCAGGAGAACAUUAUUGCCAUCGCAGCUACCAACAAUUUGUAUAUAUUUCAAAGCAAAGACUAGCACAGACGUGAACCUAGAUGUAUUGUUCUAAUUGGUGCAAACAACUCCUGCAGACAGAACACAUGUUCGGUCCCGGGUUUUUGUGCAGGCGUAACUGAUGUUCGGAAGUUCAACAUGACUUCCUCGGAAAGCGAAUGUAAAUAUGAGAAGGAAUUCAUGCUCCAUUCCUUGAAAGGAAUAAGGAUAUUGUUUUUCUAAGUGAUAUCCAACGGAACAAAAUGAAGUCGGGAUGGCUUCAAUGAAUCAAGGAUACAGUUCAGUGGUUCUUUCUGACCAAAAGACCUAUCUUCACACAUGCUCUCCAAGUCUCGAGCAUAAUUUAUCGGCAGUGAGACUGAUUCAAGCAGCACUCUCCAUAAGCAUAAGUUCUCAGAAACCGUUCCACCCCGAGUGUUCUCUUACCUUCUCGGCAUAAACUGACUUUAUCUGCGCUGGUGUUUCUACAAUUUUGAGUUGGUUUUCACUGGCACCUGAUAACAUGGAGUGUCUUAACACAUUAGUGCUGCAAUGUUUAAUCUACUACUGUCACACUAUUUUUGAAGUGCUAUGUUAGUUACAAGUUCAUCAUCCACAUAAUCAUUACAUUACCUAUCAUGUGCCAAUAACAUUUUCCAUUAUCAUUGGAGAAAGAAGGCUACUGUAAAGUACUUGACAUUUUGAGCCUUGAAAAUUGUUCUGUAUACAGUGAAAAAUUCCCCCCAAAGCAAUUGACAUGGCUUAACAAAAAAUUGUUGGGAAGAAUUUGACUAUCACAAGAACUUUAUGGUAGCUUUUACUUACAAUAAAUUGUGAAAUGUGUAUUUCACUGUCCUUUAGCCAGAAGAUUUGCAAUACCAAGACUGAUUAACAAACUGUUAGUGGUAGACAAAAUAGGCUAUUAAUAAUAUGAAUGAGACACGGGUAUAACUGGCUUUAAGCAUUUAAAUUCUACAAUGAAUAACUUGAAUUAACAAUACUAGCAGGGACUAGUUGGGCUAAACAAAAGUGUGUGUGUGUGUGUGUGCGUUUGUGCUUGAGGUUUUCAGGGAAGCAGAUGGACAGCUUUACAUUCUUUAUUAGAAAAUGUAUCCGUAGAAUCAUUUGGAUGCCCUUUAAUAUCCUACAAGCACUAGUCAAACCUAUUUUCAGGGAAAUAAGAAUGACAUAAUGCAUUGGUUUUAUAUGCCUAGAAUGGUUCUGAUUAGUUUGAAUUAAGGCUGUUGUUUUUCAGAGGUGUCAUGGUAGUAAAGUGCCCUUUCUUGAAUAUGUCCAUUAAGGGAUGUAUGUUAUGUGCUGAAUAUAAGUUGUACUUUUCCUAUGUUGCUUGUAUGUAACAUCCGUAGUAGAGGUAUGCUUCCACUUUCAAGAGGAACAGCUUAUUGUCAUGUUUCUGUAUAUUUGAAGCUAUGACUUCCUAGGUAAAAAAAAAGAAUAGGCAAUCACUACCCUCUCCUGUAACUAGUUUAAAACAAGGUGCUAAGUAUGUAUCCAAAAUUAACUUCAGUUGCAAUUAAGCCUUAUGUAUUAUUGGUUGUUGAAAACUUAACAUUCUCAUCCUUUAGCUGCUAUUUCAACAAUGCAUAACUUGACUGAGCCAAUAUUUUGAAAGCUACUUUAUGAGUAAUAUGGCGUCAAGCUGUUUCCCUCCUCACGUUUUUGAAUAAUGUUUGAAACCAUUUCAAUUCUUCAGUUCCUCAUUACUUUAAUAUUAUUUGAUAUAUUCUUACAGGUAAGUAAGGUUCUUUUGUGCUCAGAUUUCAGGAUAGAAUCUUUGAAUUGUUUUUGCUCAAGUCUUUGCCAAACUAUACAAAAGAAGUGUUUGCGUAUGGGAUUAGGUAGUGCUCAGUCUAUUUGUUCAUCACAGACUUCCUUGUUACCCUGUUGCUUUGUGUAAGACCUCAGUAUUAGUAAUGUACUCAGUUGUGUAAUUGAGAAGAUCGGUUUGUACACUUGUGCAAUAUGUUUUGUUAUUGACAUAAAAUGUCAUGGCUUGUCUGGACAUUUCCCUGAAUCCCCCAUGAUGGUUAAGGCGACUGGUAUGGCAGACCAUCCCUCAAGGAAAUGUCGAGAAAGUUGGCUGUAGUUUACAGACCUGGGACACACAUGCCUGUUGUAGUGCUGUAUCAUCACUCGCCAAAAUACUUUGGUACUUUGACUUGGGGAAAUACGAGACCCGUAAUAAGGCCACAGCAUAUUAAGUUUGUAUUAUUCAUUUGCUUGUUUGAAAGCGAGUGAUAUAAAGCAUCAAAUAAGUUUAGUUUCAUUUCCUUGAAAUCAACAUUCCUGGGCCAUCUUGCAGGAUAUUCAAAGGUAUAAAUGAGGCUUUCAUAUGAAAUAGGACAGUUUUAGUUCAGUGUUAGUAUGAACCUGCGCUUUUGGGCGUAGUCGGAAGGCAUGUUCACGGCAACCCAGUAAAUAAGCACAUGUGGUUUUAAUUACAUUAAAGUUUAUUAAAUCAAACUUAAGAUAAGUUUAGAAGUAAAACCUGGAGUUUGCUUUUGUUAAAGGAGCUCUCAAGUGACAAAUGUUGGAGAUAAUCUUCCUGUCCUGUGUGCAGUCCAAUUGUAUUAAUUCGGAACAACAAAUUGCUUGCAGGAGUUUAAAUGAUGUGAACAAGAUUAAGGCACUAGAAAUGUACUCAUGAAAGGGCUCCUUCAACAAUGUUUAGAACUGUUGGGUUCCAUACUGAUUGAUAUUUUUGGAUUGUCAAUUUUAUUACAGGUAGACAACAGUGUACUCGUUAAUGAAUUUUACAAAAUUGAUGGAGGAUGCCAAUGAACCGGUGAUGUUGAUUUAAGAUUAAUCAAAAUAUAGCCAACUGUAACCUCAAUCCAUGGCUGAAUGUGCAGUGUGUCCCAGAAGAAACUCACAGAUCAUUCCAUUAUGAGUUUGUACUCUUGUAUGUUUGUGAACAUAUAUAACGUGUUAUGACUUUGUGUUGGCAAUGAACUUUCAUUGUAAUAUCUAUCAGGUACUCUCAUUUGUAUGCAUAUCAGAAAGCUUGGAUUUGCGCUGUAGCACUCUGUUGCACUGUAACUCUGCAGUAACGUCUUCAGUGUCGUUUAUCAAGGUUGAGUUUGUUUCUCAUUGUCCCGGUUUAAUCACGUACAAAAUGUAAUUAGCCUGCUUGUGCCAUGAUAAUUAUAUUCUUACUAAUUUGUUACAAUCAAGAAAUCUAGUCCCGUGUGAAACCUGUUGAUUCAUGUUAACAAAUCUAACAAUUGUGACCUGGCCAGAAAUAUUUUACAUUAAUAUCAAUCUUUCGUUUCCUGUUUCCGCUUAGGAUCUAAUUCUAUCAAUGUUUGAAAAAUUACCAAUGUAACUUUUUUGUUCCUGCUACUAAUGACUAUCCAAGCAUGAUGUAAUUUAAACGCUUGACUUUAAUCCAUGUUUCUUCUUUGAAAAUUUGGAAACAUGUCAAGUAAUAUUUGAGUUGCAUGACAUCAAAUGACAUUUUUGCAUUCCAAAGCAAACUGUAUGCAUAAUGCCGAGGUUUAACAAAGCUGUGUACCUGAAUAUUUGUUAAAAUAAUUUCUUUGUUAUCAUAUAUCAAGUGAUUCGAUUGAAAUGUCGUGGACAUUUAAGUUAUCAGCACAGAGGUCAUCUUGACUUGUGUUGCUAAAAACCCAGUUUGACAUGGCAACCACUGUUCUCUCAAGUCUAUUCAUUACCUUAAUUUUCUAGCACUUUUUGUACAAUUUUUGUUUGAGUUGCAAUUAUUUAAUGCACAAAUAUCAAAUUGCAAGUUCCAUGUAAAUCUGUAGGAAUGAACCAGUUGAAACAGAAAUAUGUACUUAAUGAAAAUUAAGCCUAGGUUAUUUUGACCCAAACAUCAGCAAUGCAGAUUUGGUUUUCAGUUUCCCUCCCUUGUCGCCUGCCCUCUGGUCUGUCCAUUUCCUUCCAAAAUAAAGCAGUAUUGCUACACUGUAUAUAGAGAUGAACAAAGCUAUUGUGAUAAGAAGUGAAUCAAAGGACCAAUGCGAAGACUUGAAGAGAAUGGUACCCAGUCAGGAAGCUAGUUGAGAUUAAACCUGCACCAGCACGAGGCUGCAAGUAUUGCGCUAGAGGCGAGUGACUCAAAAAGUGGCCAGACAGACCGAGUGUUGUUACGCGUGGAUAUGUCGUCCUGUAUGACAUGUGCAUCCAUCCCAUUGUUAUCAUUGCCAUGCAGGUAGUCAGUCUCAUCAUUGUAGACACAAGUCUGUGUCGUCAAAAAUCUGCUACAGCAAUAAAAAGAAAAAAAAUA